AUGGUGACCACAGACUUCCAGAAGAGCUUUCCCAUGGGUGACAGGCUCUACAUAGGCCUGGCCAGGAUGGCCACUGAUGUCCAGACUGUUGUCCAGGGCCUCACUUUCCAGCUGAACCUGUAUGAGCUGAAGGAAAGUCGGCCAAUCAAGCCUUACACCCCCAUGAGCAUGGUGGCCAACUUCUUAUAUGAGAAACGGUUUGGUCCCUACGACACAGAGCCUGUCGUCGCUGGGUUGGACCUGAACACCUUUAAGCCCUUCCUUUGUUCUCUAGACCUCACUGGCUGCCCCAUGGGGACUGAUACCUUUGUAAUCAGCUGCACCCACUCCGAACAAAUGUAUGGGAGGUGUGAGUCUCUCCGGGAGCCCAACAAGGAUCCAGAACACCUGUCUGAAACCAUUUCCCAGGCCAUGCUGAAUGCUGUGCACCGGGAUGCCAUGUCAGCAUGGGCAUCAUCGUCCACAUCAUUGAAAAAGACAAGAUCACCACCAGGACACUGA